GAGGAAACGCGACCGUUCAGGCUGCAGCACAUACAAGCGUUACGGUCCCCACAAACCCACCAGUCGCGGCCGUCCUCGAUAAAACAUACAGGCCUUUUAAACUGAACUCGUCCAUUUUAAUAUUUUAUGGACCCAAAAAAUGUUUAUAAAGGUUUAUUUUCGCCCGAGUGUUCGUGUGUUUCCCGGUCCGUCCACUGAUGCCUUCCGUCUGUUGUGGCUGUGAAGGGUUUGAUGGAGUAGCCCUUUAUCUCCUCUCGGCCCAUCCGGUCGGUUAUGGUCAGACCUCCGUCCUCAGCGCGAAAUGUUGAGUGUGGACGCCCUGCAGGUGGCCGAGGAGGAGGUGGUGGUGGUGGAGGAGCCGAGCUCCAGCCGGCUCGGCGAUAUCUACACGCUGGUGGCGGAGGGCUGCUACCCGCAGGCCAUGAACCCCAUCCGGAAAAAGAACCUCAAGCGAUACGCGCAGAAGUUCAUCAUCGACGAUGGCCGGCUGUACUACGUGGGUCCGAAGAAAGAAGAGAAGCGUGAAGUGGUGAUUGAAGCAGAGAGAAAGAGGCAGAUAUUCCUGGAGUGUCAUUUUAAUGAGCUCGGCCAUCACCUGGGACAGAAGAAGACCGUCCACAGGAUCCAGAGCAAGUACUAUUGGCUUGGCAUCGUGAAGGAUGUGGUGGACUGGAUCAAGUUGUGCGAGACGUGUCAACAUGCAGAGCGUAAUAAAAACAUGGCGCGGACGGUUCGGCCCAUUAAGGUGGAUGGUCCCUGGGAGAUCGUGGCAGUUGAAAUAGUAGGUCCUUUUCCAAGCACUAGUCAUGGUGGGAAUACGCACGUCGUCAUUAUCAUGGAUUAUUUUAGUAAGUGGAUGGAGGCUUUUCCUGUCCAACAGAAAGAAUCCCUCUGUGUUGCAAGAUGCAUUUCGUCAUCCAUUCACAGGUACGGUUUAGCAAAGACUGUAUUUUGCUCUCAGAAUGGCGACUUCUGUGAACAGGUGACUAAGCACCUGAGUGAGAGAUGGAAUAUAGGACUGAAAGUGACCGCAGCAGACCAGCCACAGUACAACGCCCUGUAUGACCGCAGUAACAGCCUGCUGAAAGAAUCCAUAAAGCAGGUGGUGGCAGAGAAGCAGGCAGAAUGGGAUGAUUUUCUCGAUCCGGUUUUAUCCCUGUUCCGGACGUCUGUUAAUCCCACAACUAAGUUUACACCAUUCUGCCUGAUGUUCAACAGAAAAGCCAGCAUGUCUGGUGAGCUGGAUCUGCUGAGCUAUGAGCAGGAACCAGGCAGUUUUUCCCUCAGUGAGGAGGCAGAGGGAACCUUCCUCUCCGCCAUGCAGGAGCACCAAGACAAACUCAGACAAAUGGUGUUUUCUAACAUGAACGCUGCUUAUAAGGAGGAGAAGAAGAACGCCAAACGUCGGGGCAGGAACUUGUCGUCCAUAACCCUCACCGUCACCGAACCUUUGUGCGCUUCAGAUGAGCCUCCGUCACCGAAGAAGCUGAAAGAGGGCCUGUUCCUCACCUUUCCUGUUGACACGGUGCUCAGUACAGUCCAGGUCACGACGGACGACAGGAAAAACGGACUGGAAUACACACUGCCAGGUUCUGAUGUACACUGAACGGUUUACCAGUUGAGCAGGACACCAACGGUUUCUCAGCGAAAACAUAGGUUGUGCACCAUUGCCAGAUAGAAAAGAGGAAAACACUGUGGACAGUGUGUUACUCUUGAGGUAACUGGUGGACGAUAUACAGUUAAAGUGAAUUGUCUGGUUAAGGAGAGGUAAAGGAUAUAGGUGUACCUGGACCUGCGGAAAUGAUCUGUUGUAGGGAGUUCAUGGCUUAAUUGAGGUCUGACAACAAGUCUGAGUCGAUCUUUGAGUCCCAUAAAGGUCAGCACGACUGUAAAGUGGUGGUGUUUGCCAAUACAGUCAUCUUAGCAUAGCAUUUCUGGAAAUUAAGCACAUUUAAAGGAGCAUUCUGGCCUAAAACUAGCAUUUGAUACAUCAUUGAUUCUGUUGUGUAGUAUUCAGUCUGCCUACUUCAGCCAGAACUCUCAAUUUUGUGCCCUUUUCGUCAAUUUUUUCUCAUGACAGUAGCUAAUAUGUGCUAUGCUCAUACACAUUAUUCAGUAAAGACAUUCUCACUGUUAGCAUAGCAUUCAGGAAAGAGAACAUGUUAAGCAUCCGUCCCAAAGCGGUUAUAGUUAUACAAGUUUCUCCCACCUUCACAACACAUCACCAGAAGGGUUUUUAGGCUGUAAACCAGAAAAUCUCGAUGUGAGCACUGUGGGCACCACUCAAGGAGGCAAGUAGGCAUGUUUACAAUCAAUAAAGCAGCGGUUACAUUAUUUAUUUCAGCCAAAGCGGCCCUGUAAGACCUAUUCCAACGACUGAAGUGGAAAUGUCACUCUAGCGCUUGUCUGUUCAGGGCUGAGAACUUAAAGCAGGUUAUUAUUUAUGACCAACGGUUAAUUCAUUCAGCUCUUAACACGGAUUAUACUUUAGCAGAGCUUUGUGUCAGGUUUGCGUCAGUUCACUGAGCUCUGAAUUAGUUAUCUUUUUCUCCUCAGCAGGUCUCGCCUCAUACGAGUUGACUGGUAAGAGACUUGUAGCUUUAAACGGGAACUUCGCUGAUCUGUCAAAAUUUCUGCGUGAUUAAAGGGUUAACUGUCCAAAAAGUCAUUCAGGGUGGCCUGAUGUGAAAUCCUUCAUUCUCUGGACACUUGGGGAGUCGGAACUGUUCACGGUGGUGGUGGUGGUGGUGAUGGGAACCAGACCUACUUUAAAUCCAUUCAUGGUGGAGGAGGGAUACAUGAAGGAUGUUUGGAAAGAAAACAUACUUUUUUCAGAUUUUCCACUAUUUUAUCAUCAGUAUUACAUAUAAACACCCAGAAGACGUUCACUGGUAGUUUACAUAGGAAAAAACGGCUAUGUGGUGUAGACAGCAGGAGCUCUGGUUCCCGUCAGCACCUGCUGUAGAGAAAGUGUGUUAGUAAGUUUUUCUACAGAUGAAAUAAUAUUUCACCUCAGAACCACCCCGAGUGACCCUGUUUACAUCUCAAGGACUGAAUUCCCGUUUAAGGCUAGUCAAUGCUAACACCUCAGCUGCUAAACUGCUUUAGAAUAGCUUUAUUUUGGUUUUUUUGCCUUUAAAUGUUUUACACCAAUGUUAAAUACCCAUUUUCACUCACAUGUUAAAGCUUCUUUUGUGUUGUUUGUAAAUGGACACGGUUUUUUUCUCAACAUCAACGGACGGUUAACUGCUAAUGAUGUAACGCCGAGCUCUGCUGUGGAAAUCAGCGCAGCCGAACACACAGGAUGGACUGUUGCCACAGAAACGGCCUGUCUUGCGUAAGAAAAUGGUUAUUAGUCAAACUUCAGCUUGAUAAAGCUGCUUAUUCACACAGUCUCCUGUCAAUAAUUUACAUUCAUAAACGUCACUCGAUGUCCAGCGCGAAACGGCGGUUUCCUCUCGCUGUGCUAAUUUAAUGUAUUUGGCGAUAAGGGGCUGUGUAUGAGGCGGGGGGCGGGGCGGGGCCUCGGUCUUUUCCUAUUGGCUUAGAAUGCUGUCAAUCACUAAUGGGUCCCGUCUCGGUCAUAAAAAGUAAAUAGCAAGAACGGGAAAAGUACAGAAAAACUAUAAAUAUGACUAAAUAUGACUCCAGCAAGUGUGGAGAUAUGGAUUAAGAAAAAUAAAACAUAUUUAUGA